CGGCUUUGCGCCUCUCGGUGUCACCGGACGGCCGUUACACCCGUUACGCCGGGAGCGGCGGUGCCGUUCUGCGCUUUGCUGAGCUGCGCUCGCCGCUCUUGGAGCUGCGAUCCGUUCUGCCCGGUGCUGCGUGCGCACGGACUGAGAAACUCGAACCUACAUGAGAGUGAAGCGCUCGGAAUGAAUUCCCGCUUCUGAGCGCGGAUCUGCGGUCGGUUUAUGGAUGCGGCUCGCAGCGCAGCAGGAGAUUGCCAAACAUAAGGGCCCCCCCGUCUUCACGCAGGAGGAGAGGUACAAGAUGGUGCAAGCCAUCAAGUGGGUGGAUGAGAUUGCGCCUGGGGCUCCUUAUGUCACCACACUGGAAACCUUGGACAAAUAUAACUGCGAUUUCUGUGUGCACGGUGAUGACAUCACCUUAACGAUAGAUGGCAAGGACACCUACGAGGAAGUGAAGACAGCCGGGCGAUACAGGGAAUGCAAACGCACUCAAGGUGUGUCCACUACCGACCUCGUUGGCCGCAUGCUGCUCAUGACUAAGGCUCACCACAGCAACAUAGAUGAGGACCUAGACUAUCGGAAGCACACUGACAACUUUGGGAAGGGACCAAAAGGUCACAGUCCUUGGACCGGUGUCUCGCAGUUCCUGCAGACAUCCCAGAAGAUCAUCCAGUUUGCAUCAGGGAAGGAACCACAGCCAGGAGACACUAUCAUCUACGUGGCUGGAGCCUUUGACCUGUUCCAUAUUGGGCAUGUAGAUUUCCUGGAAAAGGUUCACCAGCUGGCAGAGAGACCCUACAUCAUUGCUGGGCUGCACUUUGACCAGGAAGUAAAUCGUUACAAAGGGAAGAAUUAUCCCAUCAUGAACAUCCACGAGAGAACACUCAGUGUCUUGGCCUGUAGGUAUGUUUCAGAAGUGGUGAUUGGAGCCCCCUAUGCUGUCACUGCUGAUCUGCUGGAUCACUUCAAGGUAACUCUUGUGUGUCAUGGGAUGACUGAGGUGGUUCCAGACAAGGAUGGUUCUGAUCCAUAUGAGGAACCGAAGAGACGUGGCAUUUUCCAGCUCGUGGACAGUGGCAGCAAUCUCACCACAGAUUUAAUUGUGCAAAGAAUCAUCAAGAACAGGCUGGAGUUUGAAGCCAGGAACCAGAAGAAGGAAGCCAAAGAGCUGGCAGUAUUGGAGGCCAUGAAGAGACUGGAGGAGGAGAAGCAUUAGACCAGCAGAGAGCUGAUGCGUUGCUCACAGAACGCCGCAGCGUCACCUUCUGGAGGAGCAGGGAGCUCUUCUAGGAAGGUCUGAGCAAGGACAGUGCUGCCGGUGUGCUCAGGAUGUGCUGCCCUACCCUCUCCUGCACUAAUUAUGCAGACGUAAUGAGUUGGAAUCUUGUUGCCUAGUUCUUCCUCUGUUAAUCAGCCACUGUUCCCUUUCCCAGGAGAAGAUUUGACAAAAGGAAAAAAAAAAAUAAUGUUUUUAAUUAUAACUAACGUUUUAACAUGUUGAUGUGCUUUUACUUUCUGCCAUUUCUGGCUUUUAGAAGAUUGGAAAUGGAGCAGCUGCUCAGGCCUCUCCUGCCCCCAUCCACGUUCUGCUGUCCUGAUCAGAGUCUGCAUUUCAGAGCAGCCCUUCAGGCAGUGGUGCAGACUGGAGGGGUCCCAGGGGAACGAACACAGCUCAGCAGUUCUGUGAGCUUUGGGCUGGGGAUGCCAGGCCCAUCGCUGUGUCUCCUGCUGGUGGUGCUUCUUGGCUGCUGUCUCUGCACAAACUCCAGACCCAAACUGCUGCUGGUUUAACUGGAUAAAGCCUUUCUCCAGCUGUGCCCGGUGCCGGUGAAUCAUUUACUUCACCAGUGACAGGCAGCAGCUUGGCAUCUGCUGGGGGGGGGGAGG